AUGACGCUUCGUCCUCCAACUCGCAAACCUCCACCUCCACCCCCACGGCGUGUUACCAACAGACUGUCAAACUCUGAUAAAGGAUGUGAAAUUCAGGACAAGCCACUUGGAAUCGCCGGUCGAAUUGCCAAUCUGCGUUUGAACCAAGUUGGAUUGAAUCCGACACGAAGGGAAACGAAAGCUUCGGAGUCGAAAACUUCUGCCGAAGAGCUGGUUGUCCAGGUUGAGGAAGCUAUCGUUGAGGAACCUGUGGGGCCAUUUAUACGGGCACAUAAGCCUACUUGGGAAGAAAUAGAAUCCAGAGGACCUGCUUUUGUGCGUGCUAUAUGUCGCAAAGCACCACCGAUACCAGGCAAGGACAGCCCUACGCCGCCUGUGCCAGUCAGGAGAUUACCUCCCAUGUCUACCCGCCUCCCUACUCCUCCUCCCGAACCCGAGCCCGGAACUUACCAUGACGUGGUCCAUGAUGAACUGGAAGGAGUGGAUCGGAUGCACGAUAGUUGCAUAAAAUGCCACGAUUUCUCCUUCAUAGACGACCAUGCUGCACAAUUUCCCCGACAUACUGUGACCUCGUUAGAACAACUUGCCUGUGAUCUGACUUCCCCAUGGCAAUCAGAAACAGAAAAAUUCAGAGCUAUAUUCACUUGGUUACACCACAACGUAGCAUACGACACACAAGCGUUUUUCUCAGGAAAUGUUAGAGCUGCAACUCCCAAGUCUACAUUCCAGUCUGGACUGGCGGUGUGUGACGGAUAUGCCGGGCUAUUUGUGACUUUGGCAGAGUAUGCAGGGUUACAGGCACUCAAGGUUUCUGGUCAUGGAAAAGGUUUUGGUUAUGUUGCUCCAGAUGUCAACGCCCCUGCCCCGCAAUUCGAGAUGAAUCACGCAUGGAACUGCGCUCUUAUGGACGGAGAAUGGCGCCUUGUCGAUAGCUGCUGGGGUGCGGGGGCUCUUGACGGGCUUUCAUAUCACCCUCGGUUCACUCCAUCAUGGUUCACGUCUACUAAUGCAGAAUUCGGGAAGCGUCAUUAUCCUGAAGAUCCCGGUUAUCAGCUCGUGUCUGAAGGUGAAGGAGGUGUGAUUUCAUGGGAAGACUACAUCCUAGUCCCUGAACCUCCAGUCAUCUUUGGUGACUUUCAUGAACACAGUUUCUCACCGCAUUUUCUGCAACCCGAUGUGAAAUCUGUACAGGGAGGAACAACGGUCAGCUUUCAUUUAUUCAAACUCUGCGAGCACAUGUCCACAGCACAAGCAGACAACUAUGUGUACUUCGUCAAUACACCCGAUGAUAACAGGAUGCCAUUGACUCUGAAUGACGCAGGUGGAUGGAGUGCGAAUGUAUUCAUACCCCGUGGGGCAGGAGGAGAAGUUUCCAUUUUUUAUGUGAAGGAGGUGAACGGUCAGGACGCGAGAGGUCUGGGUGUGCAGGGCUUCAAGGCAGUCAUGGGUAAGAAAGCCAUGUCUUUCGGAGGCCUGUGUCGAUGGAUCGUCGCGUAG